AUGGCAACUUCAAAUAAAUCUGUUGUUAUAUCUGGAGGAUUAAGGAUACGAAACCCAAAAACCAUCGAUAUUAAUCUAUUAUGUGAAUUAUGUAAAUUAUUAUUAUUGGACCCAAUACAGCUUUUAUGUUGUGGAAGCCGGCUGUGCCGAUGGUGUUCGAUUAGGGGAGUACCAGAAAACGAACCAUUUACAUGCUUAUUCUGCAAUGCUACACAAGCAAAAAAACAGGCACAUGCUGAUCGAGGAGCAGCACGUGAACUCAAUAUGGUUAAAAUCGAAUGCUUCUCGUGUUCUUGGAAUGGAUUGUAUAAUGAUUAUAAAAUUCAUUUAGAAAAAGAACAUGCAGAUUUCGAGUGUAUUGAUUGCCAUCAACGUUUUUACUCUGUAAAUCUGUACCAAGAACAUCGAGAAGAAAUGUGUGAAUAUCGAUGUAUGCCAUGCGGAUUGCCUGGUUGUACGGAACUAAUAAAAUGGUCCGAUAUGGGAGCACAUUGCCUUUCUAUGAAACAUCAGACAAUUCUAUCCAACGUUACUAGUGAUAUCUGUGUUAGAAAAAAACAUCCAUCCAAUACUAUAGAUUCAUGCAAUGUUGACAGCAAUAUCCAGCAAGAAUUAAUGGCUGUUAAUGAAAACAUUGAUAGCAUAUCAUCGGCUGUAGAUAAUUCAUUGGAGGAUUGCAAACGGUUAAACUCUGAAUGUGAGCAUAUCAAAACGAAAAAUAACGAUAUACUUCAGCAAGGAAAGGAAAUAGGAAAAGAGAUGCAGAAUGACAAUGAAAAAUUUAAGAAAUGUAUGGACGGUCUUACUGAAACGGAAAAACAAAUAGAUGAUGCUAAAAAUUCACGAUGGCCUACUAAACCUUUAGUGUUGGAUAUGAAUGAUACCAUCACAUUUCCUAUUGCUAAAGAACCCAAUGAAAUAAAUGCACAAUUUUCAACACAGACUCCUGAGUUUUCCACAUCAGCCUGGGGAUACAAACUAAUGCUUCGUAUAUGUUCAACUUAUCUAUCUGGCGCGGAACGUCAAGAAUACUUAUCCAUCUAUGUAUCAUUACUUCGAGGAAAUAUGGACUCGAUUCUUGUCUUUCCAUUUCCUUAUGAUAUUUAUAUAUGUUUAUGUGAUCAAUCAAGACAAAAAAAAGAUAUUGUAUCAGUCAUUAAACCUGGUGACAAUGUAUCAGCGUUUAAUCGGCCAUCAAGCGACAGGAACAAUGAAUUUGGAAUUGCUAAAUUUUGUGCAUUGAGUUUUCUUAAAGAUCCAGGAAGUAUCUAUCUAAAAGAUGGGGUCUUUUUCAUUAAAAUUUUCAUUGAUUUUUUGAAUGUUGGUUCGUACUCAUGCACGUGA